AUGUCUGUUUGGGCCAUGGGAAAGAUCAACUGUCGCCUACAUUUACUAUUCCCCCAAAUAUCCAGUUUUCCUUCUACUGAUUCACAUUCCAACCUCGAUUUCAUAGAAAUUAAUCAUUUCCUGUGCUCUGAUGCAGUGUAUCCAACAAACAUAAAAAAAAAUCCUAUUCUCAUAUUUUUCUUCAUCUUCUUCGUCUCGCUGUUUACACCAAUUCUCACUUCGAAGGCUUCAAAGCUAAAGAUGACGAUGCCGAAUUUGAAGAAUCAUCCAUCGAUUCAUCUUCACUCUGAUCACCUCCCUCUCAAUAUAUUUCCAUUGAUUCCAAUUCAAACCCUAACCCUAAUCCUGACGAUCUCUUCUCCCUCUCUUAAUUCUACUUCUUUCAUCGAAGAACAAAAUCGUUAUUUGCUCUUCUCUGAAACCUUCUAG